CGGCCCACAAAAUCUCUUAUCACUCGCACAAUCCGUACAGACGCACACACGUUUAUGGCUUCCCUCAAACAUCGUACUAGAGGGGACCCCGACAUCACCCCCCGCACCUACAACGACAGGGAAAACAAAGCCAAACCUCUUAGAAACGCGGCCAUAACCAAACGCGGCCUUAGGUCCCUGGCCAUGGGUAUUUCCGUCCCGCUUUCUCUCACCCUCUUAAGCCUUCACCUCGGCGCCGACCGCAGCUGCUACGGCACUCUGUCAAAGCGCUUCUGGUUACCGCCGCCGUGGGCCCUGCACAUGACAUGCCUGGCUUCGAGUUUCCUGAUGAGUCUGUCGGCUUGGCUUGUCUGGGCGGUGGGUGGGUUCCAUAGGAAACCGACAGCGCUGUACCUUUACAUGGCUCAACUCGGAUUGAGCUUGGCUUGGAACCAGAUUGUUCUCGGCGCGGGAGCCAGUCGGGUCGGGCUGCUGGUGUGUUUGACGAUGUUUGGGGCUGUAGUCGGGUGUUAUCGGAUGUUUAAGGAGGCGAAUCCGAUAGCCGGUGAUCUGGCUAAACCCUGUUUGGCGUGGACUGCGUUUUUGGCUAUUGUAAAUCUCAAGCUUCUUUUUCUUUGAAAAUUCUGACGAUUUUUCCUUCUUUUUCUCCCCUUUAUGGCAUGAAGAGCACACUGUUAUCCUAUAUAUAGUUUGUAAAAACAUUUUCUGCAUACAAUUAGUAGAUACAUGGUAUGUUGAAUAUGUAUUGUUGUGACUGUAUAAUAAUGAUAAGACUAAGAGAUAUUGCUUUGUA